AGAUUAAGUCCCUUUCAUUUGCGGCGUGCCUUAGCUUUUUGGUUGCAGUGAGUUUUUUUUCCCCCUCGAUUUGGGGUGUGCGUUGUGCUUUCAUUUGCAGUGUGCGGUUAACUUUUUUUAAUUCGGGAUUGCCGACGUUAACCAGUACUUUCAAGAAGAAUUCACGAUUAAAGUAGACAAUACACCACAGAGGAACCACAAACUGAGAGCAGCACUGUGUUCCUCCCAUCAUUUUGUACGUCGAUGAUGAGUUUCUGGCGAUCUUUGGUUCCAAGUGGGCUAAGUUUUCAUCGCAUAACUUGUCCUCAGACAUUCAGACGCAGUUAAACACGAAUAGUUUAACAAGAGAAGUCCUGUAAUUUUUGGUGGUCGUUUCUAACCUAAUUAUUCAUACCCUCCUGCAAGGUAAAUAAGAAAAGGUUCAGAGCAACUUGCAAAUCAGCAACAAUCCAGUAACAGAUGGAAAAUGAAACAUUCUAAAGUAGCAGGGAAAGUUUGAUAGGGAACAUUUUAGGUACUAUGGAAAUCGAAAAUCUAUUAUUGUGCUUGUCUGCGUAGUGUUUCCAAUUUAUUCAUAUACAGUGUACCCUUACAAGGUAAAGAAAAAAAGGUUCAUAGCCACACGAAGCAGCUGUUAUUCUUUCAUUUCUUCAUUCAUUCUUUGCCAGAACGUGUGCUGUAUGAAGAAUUCAUACCUCCAGAGUUCCAAUAUCAUCCUUCGUUACACAAACUAUGUAGGAGAACAGAAUUGUUACAAUCAGCUCCAAUCAUGGCACUUCCAUCAAGAUAUCCCGCCAUCGUUUUAGGUUUGUUUAUUUUAGGCAUCUUUUGUACUUAUCGUUUCACAACAUGGAAAAGCAAGUCAGCAAAAAAAGUAGCAAAGCCGCAAAAUGUGGCAAUCUUAAAGAAACAUCUACCAAAGGCAAUCAUCAUUGGAUCAGGCAAGUCAGGCACUCGGGCAUUGCUUGUUAUUCUUAAAAUACAUCCUGAUAUCAAAGCAUGCCCAAAGGAGGUGAAUUUCUUCAAUCGUAAUGAAAACUACAAGCAAGGCCUUGAUUGGAACAGGAGUCAAAUGCCUAAGUCAAGGGAAGACCAGUUAACAGUUGAAAAAUCUCCUGGUUACUUCACCUCAAUGACUGUUCCUAGGCGUGUGUACAGGUCGUCAAAAGAUGUCAAGCUCUUAGUGAUUGUGCGGGAUCCCACAGCAAGAGCUAUCUCAGAUUAUACACAACUUGCAUUGAAGCAAAACAACUCUCUCCUUGCUAAGUUUGAGGACUAUGUCACGAAGGAGGCAAGCGUUGUGGAUACUAAAAGAAGUGUGGUGAAAAAUGGAGUUUACAUUAACCAUUUGCGUCAAUGGUUGAUGUAUUUGCCAUUUUCACAGAUUCACUUUGUCAGUGGAGAGGGUCUUGUCCAAAAUCCAGCUGCUGAGAUAAGACCAGUUGAAAAGUUUUUACAUUUGAGACCAUUUAUAACCGAAAAGAACUUCUAUUUUAAC